GUGAUGGCGCAGGUGUAAGUAGGAAUAACAUGCACUCUCCUUCCCCAACAGGUUCUGGCAAACAUUCUUCGUUGAAACGAUCAUUCACCCUCAAACCAACGCUUCCUGCAGAGACGCUCCUUGCAAACAAUGAGGAUAGCGACACACGACUUAAGGCCAUAAUGAGAAGGAUGAAGAGAUCCAGCAGCGAGCCAACAGUGAGCACACGUGGGUACCAAGACAAUAACAUCACCACCUCUCCAUCUCCAAGUGAGAAUGAGCAUCAACUUUCCCAUGAAAGUGACCACUCUACCCCACUCUCACCUAAAACAAACCAAGAGCCAGAAUUAAUCCAAGUUCAACAUCAUUUUCAAGGAUCAUACAUACGCCAUAGUUUCAGAAUUCCUAAAAAUGUUGAAAUAGACCCAUUAUUAUACAUAUGUAACUACCAAAUAUUUUUCAUAAAGUACAUCUCAAAUGUAUAUAAUAGUUAUCAGGGGCGGUUUCCACCUAUGCUACGCAUCUUUCCUGAAGUUUAUGUACAACUUAAAGGAAACAGUGCCGAAGGAGAGCCCAUUGUGCAUGAUUUCAACAUCAAAAUCAAUAUUCGUGAUGUGACUUUAGAAGACAUUACUGAUCUCGUCAAAUCAUGGAUAAAUGUUAUAGCUACUGGACUGGAGAAGCAGCUCUCUGAAGUUGAAGUGUCUGGAAUCACAGUGCAUAGUGUCACUAGCUUUCAUAUGAAUUUUAUGGUUGUUCAACAUCCUAUUCGCUUAGGAACAUAUGUCCCUUAUCCAACUAUUAGAGGCAAGAAAUGUAUUUUAAAUCCUAAAAGUGCCAGUUCGUCAUGCUUAAUCCAGUGCAUUUGUGCAUAUUUGUGUCUCUCUAGUGGCAAGAACUUGGGCGUUGUUCGGACCAUAAUUAAAAUAGAAAGCAGGUGUAGAAAAUAUAUAAAGACUGAUAACUUAGAUUUGCCUUUAUCAUGGGAAAAUCUCUCUAAAAUUGAAACCUUAAAUAAAGUCAGUAUAUUUAUAUAUUUACUUGUCAAAAGCAGUGGUAAAUAUAGUAUCAGUUUGGCUAGGAAAGGUCAUGCUGCCUACAGGGAUAAAAUUGUUCCACUAUUGUUAUUAGAAGACAAACACGUGGCUCUUAUCAAGGACUUUAAUCAAUAUAUUAAAAACAUGAGGAGCAACCCAGAGAGAGAGGGAAAAAAUCCUAUUUAUUGUCACAUCUGCUUAAUGCAGAUGUACAAUAAGCAACAGUUUUCUAUACAUGAAGAAAAAUGUGAUGCUCAACAAACUCUAGAGUUGCAUCCCCCGGACACUACAAUAAAAUUUAGAAGACGGUAUUCCCCAUACAGUCCAUCUCAUGUAGGCUUUUAUAGCUUUGAGUGUUUACUAAACAAAACAGACUCCCAAGGCAUGACAGAGAUGAGCCAUAGGGCUGUGGCUUAUUCAUAUAUUAUUAUAGACAGACAUGGGUCUGUUGCAGACAAAUCCUCCUACUGUGGUCCUGAUGCAGUUAAUCACUUUGUCAGUAAAGUGCAAAAGACUUGGAAGCGCGUAAAGGCUCAGCUGCGCACUUAUCCUGUACACAUGACAAACAAAUCCAAGAAUCUGUAUCGUGCUCAAACUACAUGCGGUUUUUGCCUGAAUGACUUUAAGAAUCCAAAAGACAAGUAUCGUCAUCAUAAGUACAAUGAAGAGUACGAUAACUUUUUAACUGCCUAUUGCCUUAAAUGCAAGUUUGAAUGUUUGGUUGCUAACCGUUUUCUUAAUAUGUUUUCAUGUGAUACUUCAAAUGACUUUGGAAUUAUUCUCGCAGAAUUGGCUUUAGAGCCGCAGAGAGAGAUUUUAGUUCAGUCUACCCAGGAAUUUAAAUUGAUGAAAGUAAGCAUUGAUAAUAAUAUUUGCCUCGUGAAUAGCCUAUAUCUCUUGAAGGGUAACUUAGCCAACUUGGCAGAGAAGCAUGUUAAAGAUGGUAAAUCAUUAAAGUACACUCAUAUGAUGAUGGAUGAAGUUUCCAGCAAGGCUAAAACAAUUGUGUUAAGUAAAAAGCUUUUUUUCUGCAAUGACUAUGUUUCUAACAUUGAUUGUUUAAAAGAGGAACAACUCCCUCCUCUUGAAGCUUUUAACAGUCACUUAAAUGAUAGCCAGCUAUCCUCAGAGGAUUAUGAUCAUGCACAACGUGUUUAUGAACUUGGAGGUUGUAAAUGCCUUGGAGACUACUUACAACUAUAUUUGAAAGUUAACACUGGUCUAUUAUGUGAUGUCUUCACAAGCUGGAGAAAGACUUUGAUUGAUCUUUAUCAGCUAGAUGUCGCAUAUUAUGAGUCUUUGUCUAGCUUUGCCUGGGAUGCUUUGCUUUUGAACAGUAAAGUUGAAUUUGAUGCUAUUCACGAUUAUGAAUUAUAUGAUCUCAUACAAGGUAAUCUGAAAGAGGAUUUUACCAGUGUAGUAAAACAGUAUUCACAAGCAGACAAUAUACACCUAAAUCCACAGUUUAACUCUGCAGUUGGAAAGUAUAUCGUAUAUUUGGAAUUCAAUAAUCUGUAUUUUACAUGUAUGAUGGAAAAGUUGCCCCGAGGCGAUAUACAUAAAUUGCCUGAGGAUGAAAAAGAACUUUUUGUAGAAAAGGGACUUGAAAAUCAUUCCUGUAAGUCUACCAAAGGGUAUUGGAUUCUUUGUGACACAAAGCAAGUAAGUCCUCGUGUAGCCCAGGAAACAGAUGAACUACCAUUAGUUUUCGCCCAUAGAAAUGUUCAGAGAGAAUUGAUCUCUGAAUACAGUAAUAGAAUUCUUGAGUCUAACAGCUAUGAAUUACCGAAGUCAAACACAAAAUUAGUGGCCUCACAUCUACCACAAAAGAAUUAUUUAGUUAGCUUAGAUUUACUGCAACUUUUGAUGAAACUUGGCUUGGAAGUUGAAUGUGUUCAUGCCGUGUAUGAAUUCACCAAGCUGAAAGUUUUAGAGAAAUUUAAUACUAAUAUUAAUCAACGGAUCGAAGCCACUGAUAAAGAAAAAUGUUCGGCCUUAAAUUAUGUAAAUAGUCUAAUCUUUGAUAAGUCAUUAAUGAACAUAAACAAAUACUCUGAUUGCCACGAUUUCGUUAUAAAUGAAAAGAAAUUUUUAAAGUUUGCUCGUAAUCCUUGUACAAAAUGGGUUACACCUGUAAGUCAGGAUCGGAUGAUUUGUACAAAGAGUAUGAAGAAACAUCUCAUUGACCAGCCCACAUAUAUUCAUUUCCAUAUUCUUCAGACGGCUACAAAAAUGCUGUACGAAUUUUGGUACAAUGUAGUCAAGGCACACUAUGGCAAAAGAGCACAGUUGGUGUACACAGACACUAGCAGCUAUAUCUUCACACUCGAGUGUGAAGAUGUCUAUAAUGAGCUAGGAUCGGAACCUCUUAAGUCUUGCAUGGACUUCUCAAAUUUUUCCAAAGAUCACCCAUUGUUUGAUGAUAGCUUUAAAGGGGUCCCAGGGCGUUUGAAAUCUGUGACAGGUGAAAGACUCAUUUCUGAAGUUGUGGCAUUAAAACCUAAAAUGUUUUCCAUGAUGGUGCAAUCAGAGCAGCAGUCAGACAGAACCAAAGACUUACCAUUUCAUUAUAAAUCAGCACUAACUCAUGAUAAAUUUAAAAAAGACAUAUUCGGUCGAGUCUCUAAUGAUUUUAAUAGUAGAUUAAUACCUAAUGAAGCUGAACAAAACUGCACUUGUGUUGGAUCAAAACUUGGAUUAUAUUUGUUUGAUGACAAACGUUAUGUUUUAAGUCCUCAUCAUUCUCUAGCGUUUGGUCACCCAGACAUUUUGGACAAGUAUACACGACUCGUUGAAACCACAGAGACAAUUUAUGUUCAUGUAAAGGAGACUCCUGAUGACAGUGACACUAUGCAGGCCUUAAAAUAUGAGAAACAGAAAACUUCUCAACCCAGUAAAAUCAAAGGCACCUUUAAAUAUGAGAAAAAAAGAGGUCUCAAUCGAAGGAGAGCGUAGAGACCUCUGAUAAUGAGCUAUGUAAGAAGUAUAAACGCAAUAAAACCAUGAAGACGUUUGAUGAUAAAAAACAGAAGAGGUCUCAACCCAGUACAACAAUAGAGGCAAUUGAUGAUGAGACACACAAGAGGUCUCAAUCCAGUAAAAGUAUAGAGACUUUCGAUAAUGAGAUAGACAGGGAGAGAUCUGGACCCAAUGAAACCUUUAUAUAUGAGAGAGAGUACAGGUCUCAAGCUAGGAAAACCAUACAAACCCCUGAUGAUCAGAUACAGAAGAGUUUUCUGCUCGAUAAAACCAAAGAGACCUUUAAUGAUGAAAGACAGAAGAGGUCUCCAUGUGAUAAAACCAUGCAGAUCUUUGAUGAUGAGAAAGAGGA